AUGUCGAUUGCAAGCACGGUCAUCAAUAUUGACCAACAUGACAAGAUUUUCUAUCCAGGAGACGAAGUCACCGGAACCGUUCUUCUCGAAGUAACAAGACCACUUGAGGCUCGCUCGAUCGUCCUCUCUAUUAGAGGAAAGUCCAAGACAGCUAAUAUCAACUUGUUUGAUAACUCAUGCGUUAAGUAUCAUUUCAAGAAGUCACAUCUGGCUUGGGUUCCCAAGCAGGGAGAGACCAUAAUCCCAGCUGGCGAGCACUUGUUCAAUUUUGCUAUCACUCUGCCAGCUGAUUGCUUGCCAACUUUCCAUGGACUAUUCGGAAAGAAUGACUACAAGAUCAAGAUGGUCAUCGACAGACCAUGGAAAUCCAACAUCAAGGCCGAAAAAGAGUUCUUGGUCACCAAAAAGUUGGACUUGCCAAUGAGAAUGAGCAGCAGCAACUGGUUCUUCAAAGUGGACCUCCAAUCUGGAGUUUUCUUCUCGAACGGACCAGUCACCAUGAAGGUCUCUAUCUCAACACUGGUCUUCCUCCCAGGACAAACUGUCGAUCUUCACUUCCAAGUCGCUAACAACAGCUCCACUGAGAUCAGUCGCAUCUUCGCCAAGUUGUACCAACGCACUCACUACCACUUCCGUAAUCAACACACCCCAUGCAAGGAGUUCAACCCAGACGGCUGUCCAUUGAGUCGUUUCCAACAGACAACCGAUCGCGAGAAGCUUCGCAACGCUGAGAAAAUGGAGGUCUCGUUGGCUCCAUACAGCGAGGAGUCGUACAUCAUGCCGUUCACUUUCCCCGAGAACAUCGUCACUCCAAGUUUCUACUCAGGACUUAUGCUUCAUGGCUACGUUAUGGAGUUCGGAUUCCGUUCCAAGGGAUCCAUCGACCGUGCCAUGAUGUGCACCUUCUACAUGGGGGAGAUGGAAGAAGAGCAUUCUGAGGAUUGCCCAAAUCGUCACGGAAAGGAAGAUGCUCCACCAACCUACGAAGAGAUUCUUCGUGAUUAG